UCUGCUGCAGUUGUGCAGUACAUUUUUUUUAUAAUUGUGUCGGCAAUUCAAGUUUUCUUGUUCGUGUUUUGUUCAAACUUAUUCAAGUAAGCAAACAUGUUCCGUGCCAGAAGGACAUGACACAGUUAAGCAACACGCAUCCUGCCCCGUACUCAGGCAAUGAUCCACGGCGUAGAACGGAAAACGGUUAUCUCGGUGUCGUUUUUGGGGUUCGCGGCAGAAUCCGGGAAGCCACGCCCCCACACUGGUGCCCUUUUGUGAACGAGUCUCUUCGCUGGCCUCCAGGGACGACACCACGGACGGUUGCGGAGCCUAUGCCCUAGGAUAUCAAGAUAAAUAAAUGUUACCCUUAAAGAUGGAUAGCGCUCCUAGACCAAGCAGCGUGCUUUAGUAGGCGUGCCCUUGGACGUCGCUCAGCGUACGAAGAUGGAGAGAGGAUUAUUGAAGUGGGUAACCACGCGUUAUCCGUCCAUCAUCACAACCAUCGUCGAGGACAAGCCCUGCGUCGAUGGCGGAACAAACGACCCAGGAGAAAGCAGCAAUCCGAAACAAACUUCGCCAGACUUUGACAACUUGUUUCUCGACCUGGGAUACAUCUUACGCGUGUGCGCUAAUCCAGCUCACAAGCCUGCUCCCAAUAGCGAGGACGAAAUAAUGAAGGACAUAUUUGACUACAUUGACCGAGUCUUCAAGAUCGUUCGGCCAAGACGACUACUGUACAUGGCCCUGGACGGUGUGGUGCCCAGGGCCAGAAUGAACGCGGAGCGCUCGAAGCGCUUCAAGGGCGCCGAGGAGUCCGAGCAGCGGGCCACGAAAGAGCACGCGCUGCGGUCGGCGCUGGAGGAACGCGGCGAGCGGCUGCCUCCCGAGCGUCCGGACUUCGACGCCAACUGCAUCGUGCCGGGCACCGACUUCAUGGAGCGGGUCACCAAGUCGCUCCACUUCUACAUUCACCAGCGGCUCAACUGGGACGACAGCUGGAAGGACGUCCAGGUGGCGCUGUCCGACUCAAAGGUGCCCGGCGAAGGAAAGCAGAAAAUAAUGGACUUCAUCCGGACGCAAGAGGAGCGCCCCAACCACGACCCGAACACGAAGCAUUGUAUUUACGGUCAUGAUGCUGACCUGAUCAUGAUGUGCUUGCUGAUGCAUGCCGCAAACAUCACCAUCAUCAAGGAGGACCACCGCUUUGAUAUCAAAUUCUGUCGACUCUGCCAACAGACGGGUCACGAUAUGGAGAGAUGCGAAGGCCUUCCCGACGAUCGCCAAGAACGGAUGCCCACACCCGAAGUACCACUGGCCUUCGUCCACAUCGACGUGCUGCGUGACCGGCUGGCACGUGAUCUUCGAGUGAAGGACCUACCGUUUCCGUUCGACCCGGAGAGGGCCAUCGCCGACUGGGUGUUUCUUUGCCUUGUCGUUGAAAACGACUUCCUACCGAACCUGCCAUCUCUGUCAGUCAGUGAAAAUGCCGUUGAAAGACUCGAAACUAUCUACAAGGAAACGUUGUGCAAUCUGAAGGGCUACCUCACGGAAGAUGGAAGCGUCGAGCUCACCCGAUUCGAAGUGCUCAUGACCGAAUUGGCGAAGUCGGAAGAGGAGAUAUUCCGGAGGCGCCGUCGAAACCAAGUGAAUGCCGGAACGAUAGAGAGAGAAAAGCAGCAGCGGAAGGCGGCAGCCGACAAGGAAAAAGAGCGAGCCUUCAGCACUGACGAACGGUUGGCCGACAUUGACGACGUACUUGUGUCCACACAGGGCGCCAAGCGUUUUCUGUCCGACGAGAGCCUCGACGAAGAGGAGGACGACAUCGACGACGAAGUGCGCCUUUGGGAACCUGGCUGGAGACAACGGUACUACGUGGCCAAAUUCGACGUGAGCUCGGAUAACGAAGCGUUUCCACAUCACCUGGCCCGCGAAUACACCGAGGGACUUUGCUGGGUGCUUCGGUACUACGUUAAGGGAUCCGGGUCAUGGAAGUGGUUUUUUCCGCAUCUCUACGGGCCCUUUGCGUCGGAUUUCGUCAAUGUAGCCGACAUUGUCGUCGACACUAACCAAGAGACAGAACCUCUCAAGCCCAUGGAACAACUCAUGUUCGUCCUGCCGGUGACCAGCAGCCGUCACCUACCCGAACCGCUGGCUGACCUCAUGGAGGGCCCGAAGUCGCCUAUCAUUGAUUUCUACCCAAAGAAAUUCAGCAUCGACCCCAACGGCCACAAAUGGAACCGGCAAGGUGUCGCGCUGUUGCCCUUUGUGGAAGAGGGGCGGCUGCUUGAAGUUCUCCGCGUGGUAUACCCACUACUGGACACGAAUGAAUCCGAUCGCAACACCGAAGGUGACGUCCUCCUGUACGUGCGCGAAGGACAACCCGGCUACGACUACUUCAUGGAUCUCUACGACGCUUACGAUGACUACGACGAGGAAUUUGAGCUGGAGCCGCAGUACUUCAGCGGCAUUGGAGGCAAAAUCCUGUUGAGCCAGAACGUGGUUCCGAAAGGAAGUGACAUGGCGUCCCCGGUGGACGGCGUGGACCCCAUUCGCGACUGCGCUGUUACAUGUCAUUACUUGGACCUUCAGCGGCUUUCUUCUUUUUGCUUCUUGCUUUAUUCAGCGUACGCCACAGGAGCUCCAGAUAGGGAUGUUCCACUAUGGUUUCCGCUUCAGCCCAAGGUACCUGAACGAGAGCGCUGUGCCUUGAACUGCGACGCAGCUGCAGAGACGACGCCUCACGCUCGCUGCAACCGCGACAGAAGAGCAGUGCUUUUUUGCCCUAGGCUUGCGGAGCUUUCGAGCCACGACGUGACGCCGUAAAAUAAAUAAAGGUGUUUGAAAGUUA